UCAUCAUCAUCAUCAUCAUCAUCACUCCAUCAUCAUCUCAACCACACUGGACCAAUAUCAAUAUGAAUGCCGUAGAUGCUUCUGACCAUUUUGAAAAACCAUCUCAAGAACAAUCACCAUCUCUCUUGACCAUCAUCCUCGACACCAACCCGGCAGCAUGGUCUCUGUUGUCUCACACCCUCAGCUUCUCAAGCGCCGUCGCCAAUCUUUUGGUUUUUGUCAAUGCCCACCUCGCGGCAAACUACACCAACAAAGUCGCCGUCAUCGCCUCACAUUGUGACAAGGCUCAAUGGUUAUACCCAUCUCCUACCGAACAAAAACCACCUCGAUCACAACGACCACAACGACAAAACAAAGAUGGAGAUCGAAAUGAUGAUUUCGAGCCAUCCAAACGUCUCAAAUUGAAUCUCAAACCUCCUACGAAACCAUCACCCUUGAACACUGAAGACACCACCUCCACCUCAGAAGGCAACAAAUACAGACCUUUCCGUCUCGUCGAACAAGAACUCAUCCAAAAUCUCACCACCCUUCUCAACACCACCACCCCGACCUCGGUCUCCAGCAGCACGUCGACCAUGAUCGCUGGGGCACUGACCCUCGCCUUGUCACAUAUCAAUCGUGAAUCCAUCUCCCACGCGGAAUCACUCAUCGGAAGUAGUACCAACGCGGCUGCAUCCAACACCGGUGGUGGCGCCACCGGUCUCGAAGCGUCGACAGAUCCCGGGUCGGCAGCAUCCUCUCUACAAUCUCGUAUCCUUUUAAUCUCGGCGUCACCGUCCACCGAUCUGGCACACCAAUACAUCCCCAUCAUGAAUGCCAUUUUCGCUUGUCAACGUUUAUCGAUCCCGAUUGAUAUUCUUCAACUUCCUCUUCCCGGUGCCUCCUCCUCCUCCUCCUCCUCCUCAAAUCAAAAACGAGACCUAAACACCACGACCACGACGACAUCAUCAUCAUCAUCCGAUUCGACGGUGUUUCUACAACAAGCCGCCGACGCCACACACGGCAUUUUUAUACCCGUCCAACUACCGACGUCGAGCUCGACAUCCUCCAAAACGCCAUCCAAAACAUCACAGUCGUCCGCGUCGCAUGCCUUCCUCACCUACCUCCUCCUCUCGUUCCUCCCGAGCCCCACGACGCGGGCCCGACACUUGAUCCUCCCGACGCGCAUCGACGUCGACUUCCGGGCCGCUUGCUUCUGUCACCGCGACGUCGUCAGCGUCGGCUUCGUCUGCAGCAUCUGCCUGAGCAUAUUUUGCUCCGUGCCGGACAACGGGGACUGCCUCACCUGCGGCACCCACCUGACCGUCGGCCACUACGGCGCCAGGCCCGUGGUAGUGGCGAAAAGGUCAAAGAAGAAACAGACCGCGGCCCGGUGAGCAAAGGUUGCAUGCAAACCUUCCUGUGUCCAAUCUAAACCGAAGAUUGUAUAACAAAUCGAAGAUAAGAUUUGGAAACUAGAAAAACACAAGAACGAAAACAGCAUAAUCAUCUAGUCGACACAUUCAUGUAGGAAUAUCAUUAUUUGUAUUCAGUGUUUGGAGUUACU